UUGUGUCACUGAGCAGCUCUCAUCUCGCUUUUUGUCUCUUGGCUCAGGUGACAGUAAACUCCGUCUCAUUGUCACAAAGUAUUCUUAUGUCUCCAGUAAAAUUAACAUUAUUAUGUACAGUCACAUCAUGUUUCAAAAAUGACAUCAUCGAGAGAACUUCUAACACCCUAGUGAUGUUCAUGCAGCUGCUUUUGGUAUAACCCCCGUGGAUCUUCGUUCGCCGGCUUUUUCUUAGAUUUUGAGUAGCCUGACAGAAAUCUUGUGGAAUCUUGCGACUUCUUCGGAGGCUACUGAUAUUCAACUGAUGGUUUCAUAAUCGGAUAGGAACGCACUUUUAAGUUUCCGUUUUGAUUGACACUUCCAAGACGGUGUUAACAGCUGUCCCAGGCAACAGGCACCUUCACCAAGCCAGUCUAACAGCAAGUCAGAAGGCCUUUUGACUACCUCUAGUUACCCCUGUGUACAUCUGGGAUUUGUACCUAUGCUCAUGUACGCCCGGUUGCAGCUGAGUUUAAACAUAGGUACCUCCUGUAUAACCCUGUGGAAUUUUUAUGAAAAGUAAAAAGAACAUAACAACAUAAUAUAUUCUUUAAUCUACUGCAUCUUUCAUCUCUAUAUCAAGCAGCUGUCCAGCGUAACUCUGAAUGACGACGACGGUGUUAUCUGCCCACUGGGACUUGCUGGGUAAUUGCAGCACACUCAUUCCAAGCACAACACGGACAGACUUUCAGCUUAAUGUGUCACUGGACAAAGAUCCAUAUCCAAAUUAUGAUGAGGAGAUUUUGCACUAUCUUUGGAGGAACUAUCUCUUUCCUAAACUCUAUGAAUGGGUCCUCAUUGUUGGAUAUAUCGUUGUAUUUGUGGUGGCCCUGGCUGGUAAUGUCUUAGUCUGCCUUGCUGUGUGGAGGAACCAUCAUAUGAGAACAGUGACCAACUACUUCAUUGUGAACCUCUCUCUGGCAGAUGUGCUGGUCACUGCUAUCUGUCUACCAGCCAGUCUGGUGGUGGACAUUACUGAGACCUGGUUUUUUGGACCUACCCUCUGCAAGGUCAUCCCUUACCUACAGACAGUGUCCGUGUCAGUAUCAGUACUGACACUCAGCUUUAUUGCUCUGGAUCGCUGGUAUGCCAUCUGCCACCCACUGAAGUUUAAGAGUACUGCCAAGCGGGCACAGAACAGCAUCAUUGUGAUCUGGAUUGCUUCGUUGCUGAUGAUGGUGCCGCAGGCUAUUGUGAUGGGAAGCAGCAGCAUGAUCCCAGAACUGGCAAACCAAACUCAGCUCUUUUCAGUCUGUGAUGAGCACUGGGCAGAUGAUGUCUAUCCAAAGGUGUAUCAUAUAUGUUUCUUCAUGGUGACCUACCUGGCCCCUCUGUGCCUGAUGUUCAUGGCCUACUUCCAAAUAUUUCGUAAACUGUGGUGCAGACAGAUUCCUGGAGCUGGGACAGCCUUAACACGCAAGUGGCUUCCUCGUUCACAGAAACCCUUGUCUCAGAAGGAGGACACAGCAGCAUCUCACUGCUCCAGUGCUAUCAGUGCAGAGAUCAAGCAGCUGCGUGCCCGUCGUAAGACUGCCCGAAUGCUGAUUGUGGUGCUGCUUGUGUUUUCUCUAUGCUACCUACCAAUCAGCAUCCUAAAUAUCCUCAAGAGGGUAUUUGGAUACUUUGAAAACACAAAUGACAGAGAGGCCAUUUAUGCAUGGUUUACAUUCUCCCACUGGCUUGUUUAUGCUAACAGUGCAGCAAACCCCAUCAUCUAUAAUUUUCUGAGUGGAAAAUUUCGGGAGGAGUUUAAGACAGCCUUUUCUUGUUGUACCAAAAGCUUUACAGCAUGCCGUCAUGUUAAUGUUCAACAUGUGAAACGAAGCACCAGCCAGAAAUCUCUUACUGGCAACAGUAAAUUUGACAGCAUUUCCAAGGUAACUGAACAUGUGGCUGUUGGCAGUGUCGCCACAGUUCUUGGAUAGACAACAAAGAAACAUAUUGGUCUGUACAGCACAUCAAGGAGCCAUUACUACUGAACAUGUUCCAAAGCAUGGUGGAAUUCUGAAAGCUGCAGAUGGGGUUUGCAGAUAUUACUGCUAAACAUUGCACUGGACUGCAGAUGGCAUGUGGGACCUGAUAGCAGAGUGGUCACACACCAAUUACAAAUAUAAGGUGCUAGAAAGUGACUUUUAUUAAAAAAUACUUUCUGUAACUCCGUUUGAAGAACUUAUGUAGAGACUAAAUGUUGACUCAGUAUCACCAAGUAUUUCAUUUCAAUUAAAAACGAUGAACAGAAAAACUUUGAGUACUGGCAAUAAAAGAUUGCCUGUUCAUUUCUCAGCUUGCAGCUUUAUUUUUCCAAGUUUCUACAAUUUGAACAAAGUGGAAAUUACCUAACAAUUGGAAGGCUCAAUGCAGAGAUGAACCUGAAACCUGCUCUGCAAAGCACUAUGAGUGAGAAGAAAGCUUUGGUGCAUGUCUGUCAAAAACAUGAGCAACCUAAUGUAUUGUUGUGCACAUGGAUUGAACUUCAGCAGGGUGGCCCUCUGCUUCCAGAGUGUGUGACAUGCAGCAGUUGCUUGGUCAGAACCUAAGACCAAUCUGAUCCAAGUAUAAAAUACUGUGUGUGGAGAAAAUGAUUUGCAGUUGACUUUGGCCCUUUAUAAACCUCAAACCGCUAUGCUGCUUGUUUCCUUUAUUUCGCUCUGCGUGUUGUAAUGCUUAUGGAAAUGUAAACCUUUUGUGUGCAGCUCAUUGUGGUUCUGCAUGACAUGCCUUAUUGUUUCACUGACCAUGUUGUAUUUUAUAUUUGCACAG